CACACAGACAGCUGCGUUCUCAGAAUGCCAUGUUAGAGUGGCUGGAUUCAAAAGAGAAUGCCGCGAAGGCGUCCCAGGUCUAUGACUCGGUGACGGCGGGUCUACAGGGCUUUUACCGGACCAAGCUGCUGCCCAUUGAGAAAGAGCACCUUUUUCAUCAGUUUUAUUCGCCUGAGCUCACCGAUGCGGACUUUGCUUCUGCACCGAUGAUUUUGCUGAUGGGGCAAUAUUCAACAGGGAAGACGACAUUCAUACGACAUCUUCUCCAGCGGGACUUUCCUGGCAUGCGAAUUGGUCCCGAGCCCACCACUGACCGCUUUGUGUGUGUCCUUCACGGAGAGUCAGAAUCAACGAUACCUGGCAAUGCCUUAGUGGUGGACCAUGAGCUGCCAUUCACGCAGUUGAGCCAUUUUGGCAACUCCUUCCUCAGCAGAUUGGAAGCAUCCAGAUUGCCAAGCCAAGUGCUGGAAGGGCUAACUCUCAUCGACACUCCGGGUGUCCUCUCUGGUGAAAAGCAACGGAUCAAAAGGGGCUAUGAAUUUGAAGCCGUCGUGAAGUGGUUCGCUGACCGCGUGGAUAUGAUCAUCCUCUUGUUUGAUGUCUCCAAGCUGGACAUUAGCGAUGAGUUCAGGAGGGUGAUCCAAGCCACCAAAGGCAACGACCACAAGAUCAGCAUUUUGUUGAACAAGGCAGAUAAUGUGACCACUCAACAGCUGAUGCGAGUCUAUGGAGCCUUGAUGUGGUCCUUGGGCAAGGUGCUUGACACGCCUGAAGUGGCACGGGUCUAUGUUGGAUCCUUCUGGGAUCAGCCUCUGAAGAACGAAAAGCUUCGGGAACUGUUCGAGCAGGAGGAGAAGGACCUCUACACCAGAAUUGCUCAGCUGCCGCGAAGUGCGUCGCUGCGCAAAGUCAAUGAUUUGAUCAAGCGAGCACGCUUGGCGAAGGUGCAUGCAUUGCUGCUGGACUAUUUCUAUCAAAGAAUGCCGACCUUCUUUGGGCACGCCAAAGAGCAAGAGCGCAUGAUUCAAGAUUUGCAAAAUAUCUACAAAGAGAUCUCGGUGCAGAAGGGCAUUCCCUUGGGCGAUUUUCCGGACCCUCGCAUGAUGCAGCAAAUCCUCACGCCGAUGGACUUCUCGAGCUUCAAGCCGGUGGAUCCUGCGAAGCUGGAGGCUUUGGAGACGCUGCUCACAGUGGAUUUGCCCAAGUUGGUGCAGAUGAUCCCGGAGGAAGUGCAAGAUGAUUCGGUGGUGCAGGCUGGAGCACUCGGCGUGGUGACGGAUCAGUCCUUUAAGGGCCUGACCAGCACUCCGCCGCCAGCGGUUGCGAGUUUUCAGGCCGACUUCGAGGCGAUUGGCCCUAAAGAUGGCAAGAUCACUGCUCAGCAGGCACGGCAGAAGAUGGUGGAGAGCCACCUGCCGUCCAAUGUGCUUCACCGCAUUUGGACUUUAGCAGACGUUGACAAGGACGGCUUCCUCACACUGCCGGAAUAUGCGUUGGCGAUGCAUUUGGUUCAAAUGAAGCUGGAUGGCGAGGACUUGCCCGCAACUUUGCCCGAGGAGAUGCUACCCGAGGAGCUACGAUGAGCCGAACGACCCGCACGUUUGGAGCGGCAUCGAGAGCGUCGGCGCGACCCGGAACACGACCACGGUCGGCGCGGACGAAGCACUUCGAUGUGUGCCCGGGGAUCAGCGCGACGCGGUGGCGAACGCCACCGGUGAUGCACGGGUUGAGGCCAGAAAGACGGGAAAAAAGGAGCCAAGGAGCUUUGAUCUUGCUAGAAAGGAACAGAAUCUGAAUAGUUUAGAGACAUGCUUGGAACAUGGCAAGUGUUUUGGUUUGGAGGUGUUUGGUUUGGCGUGAACUGCUUGAUUCACAAAUUCAGAGCGCUUUGCGCUUUGCUCACAGAUUCAGA